AUGGCUGGAAAGAUCUUGACCCUCGAACUGGAGCGUGCACUUGUUGGGCGCGAUGAAGGUGUGCCCAAGCUUGGAGCUUUCGUGCUUGCAGCCAUGAUAUCCCUCAUUCUCAUGUAUGGGGUUUGGAGCAACACCUCGAGCUCUGCAUCCCCGGGCAUCCCAACGGUGGGAAAAGAUGAGAAAGCAAAGACCAUAUGGCAGUUGAAGAUGCUCUGGGUCAACCAGGCGAAGAGGCUCAUUUAUGACACGCUGGGCAAGAGCAACAAGCCCUUCCAGCUCAUGGCCAGCACAGGACCUCUGAUAAUCCUGCCAGCCCACUUCAUGGACGAAGUUCGCAACGACGACCGAAUGACUUUCGCCGCGGCCCUGAAGAAAGACUUUUUCUCCAACUACCCGGGAUUCGAAGGGUUUCGUCCCGCGGUCGAAAACCACGUCUUCACGAAAUCUGUCAGGAUUGGCCUGACGCAAGCCAUAGGUCAAGUCACAGAGCUUCUCUCUCAGGAGAUGGCAGGAAUGCUUCGCGGGAUGUGGCCGGUCAAAGACGAAUGGACUAGCACGGAAUUCAAUCAAAAUGCACUGGCGAUCAUCACACGAUUGUCUUCACGUAUCUUCCUGCCUGAGCCUCUGUGCCAUGACCAGGAGUGGCUGGACAUCGCCGUCAAUUACACGGUCGACUUUUUCACCGCCGCCUUUGUCUUGAGGAUGUGGCCCAAGGGUCUGCGACCAUUUGUCCACUGGUUCUUACCUCAAACUCGCAAGAUCCGUAAGGAAGUCGCAGACGCAACCCGUCUCAUUGAACCUGAGCUUGCUCGCCGGCGGAAAGAAAAAGCAGAGGCACUUGCUGCCGGAAAGGAGCCCCCCAGAUACGUGGACGCCUUAGCAUGGAUGCAGGCUGCCGCUGGAGAGCAAGCAGAUCGGUACAACUAUGUCUGGGGCCAACUGAACUAUUCGCUCGGUGCCAUCCACACGACGUCGAUGACCUUUGUGUACGUCGUUUAUGAUCUGAUCGAGCAUUCUGAAUACAUUCCUUUGUUGAGAGAGGAGAUUGCGGCGGUGUGGAAACCAGGCGAUGUUUUGACCAAGAAUGUGCUGUACAAUCUCAAACUGAUGGACAGCUUCAUGAAGGAAAGUCAGAGGCUCAGUCCCGUGACGCUCAUGCCUAUGAACCGGGUUGCCCAAGAAACCGUCACCCUGUCAGACGGGACCGUGAUUCCCAAAGGCGCCGGACUUGGUAUUCCAAUCACAGCAAUGACCGACGAAAAGUACCACAAAGAUCCUCUCACAUUUGACGGCCAUCGGUUCUACAAUCUACGCCAGCAGCCCGGUAAUGAGACAAAGUACCAAUUCGUCACAACAAGUAACGAGCAUAUCGCUUUUGGCCAUGGCAAGCAUGCUUGUCCUGGCCGAUUCUUCGCUUCGAACGAGAUCAAGAUUGCCUUAGUGCAGAUGCUCACCACCUACGACUUCAGAUUCCCUCCGGGGCAAAAUAGGCCAGUGCCUCUAGAGAACGGCGUGAGCAUGGUCCCAGACCCGAGAGGCCAGAUUCAAUACAGGCGCAGGCAGGAUUGA